AUGUCGGCGAAUCUACGACGGGUAGAGGCGGCCCGCGAAAGCCUUCAAUAUCGUACGCAUGAACAGUUCAGCCCUUCCAGAACUACCAGAGCUUUUGAGAAAGGUACAGGGAGACACAGUUUGCCCGAGGAGCUUCCAGGGAUGGUGGAGGAAAACGACAAGAGCGGUCGUGCCGCCAAUCUAGACUCCAACAUGCUCGACGCUACUGCUGCAUAUUCCGAAUUACAGUCCCGCCCUCCAGCAAUGGCAAAGUUCACCACUCUUCUCUCAGUCGUCGCUCUCGCUUUGACUUCCGUCAACGCUGUUCCUCUUUGGGGACAAUGUGGCGGCAACGGAUACACUGGCUCGACUCAGUGUGAUGCUGGUCUCAUUUGCGUUCGUCUCAACGACUGGUACUCCCAAUGCCAACAGGGCUCUGGACAACCUCAGCCACCGGUUACCACCCCCGCUCCUCCGGUGACGACCCCUGCCCCUCCUGUCACCACCCCCGCUCCCCCUGUCACCACUCCUCAGCCUCCUCCACCUGCCACAACUCCUCCCGCCCAAGAAAUUCCAGCUGGUCAGCUCACCCGCCUCCAAAACUUCGGCUCCAACCCCAGCAACGUCCAAAUCCACGUCUACAAGCCCUCUAGCAUCAAGGCAGGCGCUGGUCUCCUCGUCGCGUUGCACCCCUGCGGUGGAACCGCUCAACAAUACUUCUCGGGCUUCGGCUGGCGCGCUCAAGCCGACCAACGCGGCUUCCUCGUCUUCUACGGCCAGACCACCCAGCCCCAGAACUGCUGGGAUGUCACUUCCAGCGCGACGCUCCGCCACGACGGCGGCUCCGACUCUCUCGGCAUCGCCAACGCCGUCCGCUACGCCAUCCGCACCUGGGGCAUCGACCCCAACAAGGUCUUCGUCACCGGUACCUCCUCCGGCGCGAUGAUGACGAACGUCAUGGCCGGCGUCUACCCCGAGCUCUUCAAGGCCGGUGCCGUCUUCGCGGGCGUUGGUCUCGGAUGCCUGCAGACUGGCAACACCCCCGCCUUCCCGCCCGACCCAUGCGCCGCCGGCAACCGCAACCUCACCCCCAAGCAAUGGGGCGACCUCGUCCGCGCCGCGUACCCCGGCUACACCGGUCCCUACCCGCGCAUGCAGAUCUGGCACGGAACUGCUGACCCCAUUCUCAACAUCAACAACUUCCAGGAGCAGGUCGAGCAGUGGACUGAUGUGCAUGGUAUCUCACAGACCCCCGCCAGCACGAGCCCUGGCACGCCCCGACAGAGCUGGACGAAGACGUCGUAUGGUAGCGGACAGGUUGAGGCGUUCAACGGACAGGGUGCUGGACACGGUUUGCCUGAGAGCGGAACGGAGGCGACGGCGAUCAACUUCUUCGGUCUUUAA